AGACAAGGAGAAUGCAGCGGCGAGCUGAGUUCUGUGAUGACGUCGUGUUGGCACGGUCGAGUGUAGAGUUGGCUCCACGCUAUGACCACCAGUGACCAGCAUUUAGCGAGCAAACACGAACGAAGGUUGAACGUGAUUUGCUUCUGAAACUCUGUUCACAGUGGCGACAUGGGAGCCGUGGAGAGCAGCCAGCAGAGGAGGGGGCAGUUUGUGGAGGACCCCUGGUGGAACCCUCCCCCACAGACCGUGAGGCAACAGGGUUCCAGUGUAGCAGUGAAGGAGCUACAGGAGAAGCUAGAGGCAGCAGAGGCCGCGCGGAAGAAAGCGGAGGCAGAGCUGUCAUCUUCCAGGGCGGAGUCCGCGAGGCUGGAGGAGGAGGUGCACGACCUGGAGCAGCAGCUGGGCGAGGGUGAGGAGGAGAGGGAGCAGUUGGUGCGCAAGUUGGAGCUUGCGGAGCGCGGCCGGCGGGAAGCGGAGGUGGAGCAGCGCCGGCUGCGGCAGCUGCUGCAGGAAGCCGAGGAGCAGCGCCGCCAGAUGGAGGCGCGUGUCGCCACCCUGGAGAGGCGACUCACCAUGGCGCAGGACAGUGCACCGGCACCACGGGCCGCAGCGGGGGCGUUUGUCACCAUGGAGACGAGGGCUGCAGCUGACAGCAGCAUCAGCCGGUCUCCGUCCCGCGAGGAGGAGUCGCGUGCCAGGCAGAACCGGCCAUGGCUGCAGCAGACAUCUGUCACGCAACAGGCUGCUCCGUCGCAGAGGUCGCCCCCUGCCGCUGAGGGAGACAGCAGCUCCAGUGGUGACCAGAGGCAGCAGCAGGAGAAAGGACAGCAGCAGGAGAAGGGACAGCAGCGCGAACAGCAGCAGGGACAGCAGCGCGCGGACGGUGUCGCGGACGAGCGCCGCACUCUCAGUGCCAGCAAGGCCGCCGAACUGGAACUCUUCAAGCGUGAGGUGAACGUGAAGAGGGAAGCAAGGCACCGCGCCAUGGCGGCUGUCUCUGCCGAGCUGGAGCGCCUGCGGCGUGAACUGCAGCGUGAACGACGCGCGAGACAGCGCUUGGAGGUGCGCCUCGGCCAGCACGGCGAAGAGAUAGAUGCAGACGCAGAGGAACGGAGCCAGGGAGAUGAGGACCAUGAGGAUGAGGAGCUGCCGGAAGGUGACAGUGAAGGGGAGGCCGAGCGGCGCUGCCAGGUGUCACUGGAGGAAGACAUGCAUCUGAAGCUGGAGCAAAUGAAGAAUGAGCUGGAGACAGAACGUGAGCUGAGGAGGGCUCUGGAGGACUCAGUGGAGCAGCUGAGGUGCCAGCUGGAGGCAGAGGAGCGUCGGAGACUGGAGGCAGAGGAACUCCGUGCAGAUCUGGACAGGGAGAGGCAGAGGAGGGCAGAGGUGGAGAGUGAAGUGGAGAAGCUGCGUGCCAAAGCAGCCUCUCCAGCGGAUGGAGGAGACCACACGUCCCAGGCAGUGGCGGAGUGCCUGCGGGGCCAGCUGGACGGCGAGCGCAGCGUGCGGAGGCGGCUGGAGCAGCAGCUGCAGGCAAUGGUGGAGGGCCAGCUGAAACGUGACCGCAAGGAGGCCACUGGAAUCUCCAGGCUGGAGGAGCAGCUGGAGAGAGAGAAGAGUGCACGGCAGGAACUGGAGAGAAAGUUGGCAGCUAUGUCGCAAGAGGUCAGUCAGGACAAGGCAGCUGAAAACUGCAGGUUUGAGGAGCAACUGGAGAAAGAGAGGAGUGCACGGCUGGACCUGGAGAGAAAGUUGGCAGCUGUGUCACAAGAGGAACGUCAGAGCAAGGCUGCUGAAAAAUCCAGGCUUGAGGAGCAGCUGGAAGCAGAGAAGGGUGCACGACUGGAACUGGAGAGAAAGUUGGCAACUUUAUCACAAGAGAAUCAGGACAAGGCAGCUGGAAUCUCUGGGCUUGAAGAGCAGCUGGAGAAAGAGAAGAGCAUACGACUCGAGCUAGAAAAGCAGCUGACAGCAGUGUCCCAAGAAGUGAAGCAGGUUGAGGUGUCCGGAAUCUCCAGGCUCAAAGAGCAGCUGGAGGAAGAGAAGAGAACACGUCUCGAGCUGGAACGACAACUGGAGGCGGCUCAUCAGGAGGUGAAGCAGGCGGAGGCAGCAGCCGCGCCCAGGCUGAACGAGAGACUGGAGAAGGAUAGAGCCAAACGUCCAGAGCCGGAGAGACGACAGGCAGCCGAGGGAGUGGAAGACGUCUCCAAGCUGAAGGAACAACUGGAGAAGGAGAGGAGCACACGUCUGGAGCUGGAACGGCAGCUAGCGGCUGUUCGCCAGGAGGCCAGGAGGGAGGAAGCGGCACUGCUCAGGGACCUGGACCGCUUGCGUGACGAGCUGGACACCGAGAGGGACAGAGGGUGCCGGGCCUCCGCUGAAGCAGAGGCGGAGCGUGGGCGGGCGGAAGCCGGCGAGGAGGAGAGGAGGCGCCUCAAGGACCAGGUGGCGGCGCUCAAGGACGUGGCGGCCGUGGGUCGGCAGCUGCUGCAGCUGCGCGAGGAGCAGGUGGAGCGGCUCGAGGCGCGCUUGCGCGCUUCGGAGGCGGUGGCAGCGGCGACGGCGGCUGCCCCCGAGGCCGGGUCUGUGGAGGCGAGGCUGCCCGCCGCCGUGGAGGCGGUCGUGGGCGACCUGCGCGCCGAGUACGGCCGCCAGCUGCGCGCCAUGGCCACGCUGCGCCAGCUGUACGACGAGCGCGCAGCUGCCGCAGCUGCAGAGGCGGAGGCCCGCGAGGGGCGGCUGCGCGUCGAGGAGCAGGCGCGCAGGGACGCCGACGCCAGGUGUCUCAAGCUGCAGGAGCAGGCGUCGCGGUCCAGCGAGGAAGCGGCGGCCCUGCGGGAGGAGGUGUCUCAGAUCCACGCCGCCUUCGCCCGACUGCUGGAGGCAGCCUCCGCCCCCGCCAUCGACGCUCUGGCGCGUCGCCUCCACCAGAACAGGGACCUGCUGGCCGACAUCGCCGCCGAGGGCGAUGGGGCAGCAGCGCUGUCUCGCACGCUGAUGGAGCUCGCAGCACAGGCGGAAGCUGCAGACGCAGUGGUGCCCGAGCCGACAGUGGACGCUGACCCUGCAGACACAGACGUAGACGCCACAGCAGCGCCGGCCACAUCAGCCGCUGGCAACAGUGACGAUGCUCCCACCAGCGUUGCACCCACAAUGGAUCGCACGGAGAUCGUCACCAAUCUGCCGAAGGUCUGGAAGGUGCUGAUGGAGUUGCUGAGCCAGCAGCAGGCCGCAGGCGAGGCGGGGGAUUCCCCGGCCGACGCCGACCGCGACCCCGCAGUGGAUGACGUGAAGAGCCACUGCUACAAGAGCGUCGACACGCCGUACGGCCCACGGCUGGUGAUCAGCGUCAGCCAGACCUUCCUGCGCCUCAAGGAGCUCAUCCUGGAGAAGAAGAGCCUCCAGCGGGAGCUGUCGCGCCUCCAGCAGCUCAACGGCCACCUGGAGACGGAGCUGGGCCGCCAGCAGCAGCGCCUGUCGCUCGUCUCCUCAGAGCUGCGCAAGACCUGGGGGGUGGUGGGACGGAUGCGGGCACAGCACCGACAACUGCACACUCACGAGACGCUGCUGCGGCACGAGCUGCAGCACAAGCGGGAGAUGCUCCGCGAGUUGCGGGACGAGCUGUCACUGUGCCGCGAGACCUGGCAGCGUGCCAGGCAGAAGAGCUCCCAGUCCGAGGUCGAGUGGCGCGCGCUGCGCUCCGAGUUCGCCGAACGCCGCCGCCAGCGCGAUGCCGGCUCUGCCGAGAGUGGCUGCUUCUCUGACAGCGGUGACGAUGCCAAGGAGACGCCGUCCGGAGGUAGCUGCUCGCCUGUGGCUGAGGAGUGCACACCACUGGAGGUGGAGGUGGGGGUGGAGGAAGAAGACGUGGAGGACCCCAGCAGCGGCCCCACCCACAGCGAGGGGGACGGUGACGAUGACGACCCCGACAGCUGUGCCACCGUCUCCAUGGUGAAGAAGCUGAAGGAACAGCUGGCGUGGUUCAGCCGUAGCUUGGAGUCGGUAGCCAGGGGUGAUGAGGAGGCUCUGCACUCCAUCUUCUCACUGCCCCCCAUCACCAUCCCAGAGGCGGUGUACCGCAAGCUCGGCUGGGCCGAUCACAGCGGUGGCCGCGGUGACGAAGUUGUGGACUGCCAGGUGGGAGUGGGGGUGGUGUCAGACGAGGGGUCACCCAAAGAACGGGAGGAGCAAGAUAUGCCGAUCUGUGGUGCCGACACAGUGGAAACGCAGAGAGAGGAGGUGGCAGUUGGCUCUGGGGACGAGUCGGUGGCAUCCGAGGUGACGGCAGGGGUGGAAGUGGACACGGAGGCGGAAGCGGAGGCGCAGCGGCGCAAGAGGCGCGAAGGUGCCUACCGGAGGUUGGCCGCCUGCCUGGAGGCUCCGGCUGCUGUCCUGGAAGAUGACUACCUCCUGACCAGGAAUGAGGCUGCCACGAAACCUGAGCUGUCGACGCAGAUACCUGCUGUAGCACCGCUGGACGAGACGGCGCUGGAGGCACGUGCGCAGCGGCUGCGCAGGCUGGAGGAGCAGUGCCAGCAGCUGGUGCGUCGCGUCACCAGGACGGCACACCGCAGCGACCGCCUCAGCAGCAGGCUGGAGGAGUUGCACGAGCAAUACGGCUCAUCUUCAUCACCAGAGUCGAGCCCCGCGGUGCCAGCAUCACCAGUCGCGAGACGGCGCAGUCGGCUCCCACCCCCACCGCCCCCACUGCCGGCAGAUCUGCCCCGCAUACCUGCACCACCCCACAUGCCCGCCGAGCUGCCAGUUCGCAGGUUGCCCACCGCCUCCGACACCGACUCCACCCGCGGCCACCACCCACCGCUGCUACCCUCACAGCCGCCGGCUGCUGACGACACGAGCGGUGGUGACGACACGGCCGAGGGCUGAGCCCGUCGGGACUCCCCGAGCUCUCUCUGCGGCUGCCACCGGGACUCCCCUGCCUCCCAGCACUGAGCACCUGCAGUGUCCAGCUCCUACACUUGAGAGAGAGAGAGAGAGAGAGAGAGAGAGAGAGAUUUAUUCAUUUGCAGCACUGGGAGGUCCUGCCCGGUAGGCAACAAGUACCAACAUCACAAUUUCAGAAAUAUUUCCCUCGGUUCGACACUCAACUUAAAGCUCAGUACCAGGGAUUUUUGCAAACGGUGCUUAACCGUGCGACGUUUCUGCGUCUCACCCCCCCACCGAGUGGGGUCAGAAAUAUAAACGCUGGCACAGUUAACUCGUCAGAUUUUAUGAAUGACAACUAGUAUGACAACUUGUGCUUAGGUAACUUGGGUGUUAAAAGUCCUGUACACUGUUAUUCUAUUGAACAGUUCUGUGAUGAUCAUUCACAGUCAAUACAUCUUGUUUCUCUACAACAAGAAUACUCGGGAUGAAAUGCGGAUUUUUUCCCCUUUUUUACCAUCUACAUUUGAGAUUCUACUAUGGAGUACCUGUGACAGAGCACUGGAAACAAAGAUAAAAUCUUAUAGGUUUUUUCUGUCAACCUGUAAUCAAAUUUCUAUUCUCAACAGAUAGGGCCUUCGGCAAGACAUCAGUUAUGGCUCCUACUUCUGAAGCCUUCAUAAAUAUAUUAAAAGGCUUUAUUUGAUAGGUGAUAUGAAUACCAGUUCCAUUCAGAUAACUUCAACUGUGGCUAAAACAGCCAAACAUAAAUACCCUGUAAUGAAAAUGACACUGCAGGAAAAAGAGAGGAAUCUGAGGGGUCUAUAAUUAGAUGUACUUACCAUCAACACUUUUCCAGAUGUCAAGAUAUUGGAAAAUAAUAAUUUUAUAUGCAUAGCUUUAAAUGACCAUGUUCAAACAGAAUGUGUACUGUUACGCUAGAACACAGCACAAAAUAUGAUGAGUCGAAUUACUGAAAUGACCUCAAAUGCGCCAAGUGCCCGAGACCAAAUACAUAGCUCAUAUGUCGGGCUCAGAAAUUUAAAAAGAUGUAUACAUUGUGUACAGGCAAAGGAAACACUGAGAACUAUGCAGAGAGAAAACAUUAUAAGACACCAUUGUGCAUACGAGUUUCACAAUACAUGACCGCCUGAGCGAGACUUUGUAAAUGCAAAUGUGGUAAUGUUCCAUGAAACUAAAUGGCGUAAAGUAGUAAGAUUUAAGUAACUGGAGGAAAGUACAGAAUAUAAUUUUGAGCUAUGACCUACAGUUAGCCACCAGAAGUAAAAUAAUUCUCUGGCUGUUUGUGGUUCUGUCCCAGAUCUUAGCAAGCAAUUGAGCUAUUAUGCUCUCUCACUGCACGUGGAACUCUCACAAACUGAUGGAGAAAUAGUGUGUGGUGGCUGCUUUUAGUUAUGUAGAACUAUCAACUUUGAAAUAAUGCAUCUGACAAGUUGGUGUUACUCAGGAGUGAGCAAAUUCAUGUUUAUUGAUGCGGAAAUGGCACGACUGCUGAGAGAAGGGGAACGGCUGGAAAACUCUUGUUUCGAAAUGUUGUUGACGCUUGUCGAAAUGUCACUGCACUUAUUGUACUUAUGCUAAGUCACUAGCAUUGAUGCACUUAUUACCAGCAAUAGUGGCUAUAUGCAUUAUCACCCUUGCAGGUAAUAGAAACCAUUGUUUACUAUAUCACGGCCUUCAGUACGUAUAAAAUAUAUACCUGCAGUACAUGCAAGAUACAUACAUGAAGCUUUUGGAGAAGGCCAUCUCCCCGUCACAGUUUGUAUGGUUAGCUCCCAUUCCUGCCACCUAUACAGAUUAUUUAGACACAUUAUAACAAAUGCGACAUUUAUGUAAGAUUGGCGUGUCUUCGACAUAUAUUACUGUGCCGUCAUAGUCUGCUCAUCUUGAAUUGUGGCAUGCACCCUAUGUAAGCUUCCGCUCAGGAGUUGACCCUACACAUAGAUGGCACAGAAACAUAUUUAUUAUAUAUAAUGUAUUAUGAGAGGAAUAUCUUUGUGUAAUCGGAAAGUUUUAUGAAUUAAAGAAAAAAUUGUGCAUGUCUUCCGAUGAUCUGUUUAUACAAUAAAUCUAUCCUUUUAGCUAUCAAAUAAAGAUUGUUCUAUUUUA